GUCACCUUGCUUGCCCCGCGCUCCCUGAUACCCCUGUCCGUCCUGAGAGCUCUCUGCUGGUAGGAUUUAGCCCCCCAUUCCUGCAGGAUGCCUACAUCUGUCCCAAAGAAGGCUGUCACAGACAGAGAGGAAGAGAUGAAGGUGGACAAACAGAUUGAUGCAGAGAAGAACAUGAAAGUGAAGAAAGAAGAGACUGGAGAGGAAGAGACGAAGGUGGAUAUAUGGAUUGAUGCAAAGGAAGACAUGAAAGUGGAGGGAGAAAAGACUGGAGAGGAAGAGAUGGAGGUGGAUGUGAAGGAGAAGAUGGAGGAAGAGAUGGAAGUGGAUAUAAGUGUGGAGGAGAAGAUGGAGGAAGAGAUGCAGGUGGAUGUGAAGGAGGACAAAGAGGAAGAUAUGGAGGUGGAGAUGGAAGAGUACAUUGAGGACAUGGACAUUGAUGAAAAAGAUGAUGAGGAGGACAUGGUCUUGGGAUGAAGAGCAAUGCCAGCAGCAGGACAGGCAUGUGCCCCCCCCAGGCAGAGCUGGGGCUGGGCUGGGUGGUCCCUGCUCAGGGACACAGUGCCCCAUGCACUGGAUUCUGGUGGCCAUCCCCAACGUGCCCUGCGCUUCCUCUGGGCCACACAAGCUCCGUUCCAGUGCCUGGGGCCCGGCCCCCAGCCCCAGCCAAGCUCAGAGCUGGCAGCAGAGUCCCACUGUGCCAGCGUGUGCCAGCCUGGGGGCACAUAGAACAUGGAACGUGGAACAUGGAACAUGGAACAUGGAACAUGGAACAUGGAACAGUCUGUGCCCGACUGCAGUGACCAUGGUGCUCGCUUUUCUUCCAGGACUGGCAGAGAUCCCAGAGAGAGAUGUCACCUUUUUGUACAUAUGUUUUAGAGUUCAUUGUUGUCUUCAGGAUAUAGGUUUUAGGACUUUUGUCUUCUGCAAAUAUAUUUCAUACAUUUUUUAGAUAGGUUCUUAUGUAAAUAUGUUCUACAGAUUGUCGUUACAAAUAUUCUUACAAUGUAAAUAUGUUCUG